UGGGCAGACAUGGUGCCCCUGCUGCUGCUGCCCCUGCUGUGGGGGGGGUCCCUGCAGGAGUCUCCAGGGUACCAGCUCCAACUGACGGAAUCGGUGACCGUGCAGGAGGGUUUGUGUGUCCUUGUGCUCUGCUCCUUCUCCUACCCCUGGGAUCGGAGGAAUUUCCCUCGUGAACUCUACAUCUACUGGUUCCGGAAUGGGGAUUCCCGGCCCUACUCUAUACUUGUGGCCACAAACAACCCAGAGCAACAAGUGGAUACAGAAACCCAGGGCCGAUUCCGCCUCGUCGGGGACCCCAGGACCAACAACUGCUCCCUGAGCAUCAGAGACGCCAGGAGGAGCGAUACAGGCAUCUACUCCUUCCGAUUGGAGAGAGGAUAUUAUGUGAACUAUAGUUACAGAGAUAAGAAGCUGCAUUUGCAGGUGACAGACUUGACACAGAAACCUGACAUCCACCUUCUGGAGCCUCUGGAGUCUGGCCGCCCCACAAAGCUGACCUGCAGCCUGCCAGG